UGGUUUGUAAAAAAGCGCGAGCGGCGCGGCGCCUGCACCAAUCCGGAGUCCGAGCCGCGCUGGCCGAGGCGAAGUCUCCUCGAGUCGCCUCUGGAUUUCCCCUCCAGCUGAGAAAGCGCGGAGCUCGCCUCGAGCAGGGCGGCGGAAGAUGGGGGCGAUAAGCUCGGCGCAGCGGGACAGCAAGCGGGACGAGAGCGCGGUCAGCGAGCCCAGCGCGGAACAGGACGAGGCUCAGGAGGACAGCGCUGCGGAGAAGUUGCUUCAGAAGAAUGGACAGAUCUCAAGCUUAAACGGAAAGACAGAGAGCCAGCCUGAUGAGAUAAAUGUCCCCCUUGAAGAUGUUGGGUCUGGAUAUGUGACACUAAAAGAAGACGACACUGAAACAACUGAGGAUCUUCAAGAAGCUGACACCUCUCAAACAAACACUGAAGAGUUAACUAAGGAAAUGUCAAAUGCAGAUGGAGUUGCAGUCAAAGAUGUUGAGGAGCCAGGGACUAAACAAAAUGACAUUGAAGUUGGCUUCAAAAAAAUGUUUAGAUUUGUUGGAUUUAAGUUUACUCUGAAAAAAGACAAGGUCGCCAAAACAGAUGAAGAUGAGCCAACUACAGAUGAGCAGGACAAAAAAGUUGCAAUCCCUUCAGAAGAUUUUAAAGACACCACAGAAUACAGUCCAGUCAGUACAAACCAACAGGAAGCAGAUGCAGAUGAAACAAAGAAGGACAUUAUAGAGUGUGAUAUACCAGAUGGAUCUAAGGAUGAUGAUGUGCCUCCUGAAACAGACCAAGAAAUGGCAAUUAAUCAAAUCUCAGAAUUCCCAGAACACAAUGAGGAAACUUCUCCUGACAAAGAACACACUGAAGAUGUCCCACAAAGCCCAGAGCCUGAGGAAACCAUGUCGCCAAUUAAGAGAUUUUUCACACAAGGAUUUUUUUCUACCUUAAGAAAAAAGAGAAAGGAGGAGCCACUAAAUGAGAUGCCAGAAGUAGAGCCUGUAAAACCUGACAAAGAGGAGAGUGAAAAACUCAGUGGAACUGCACAAGAAGAUACUUCAUGUAUAUGCCUUAAUAUCUCUAAUAUUACACCAGAAGAAGGUAAGGAUUUACAGACAGGUGAGGGAGAUGAGUGGAAACCAACAGGUGAGAAAGAGCAAACUAUACCUCCAGAACAAGAUAAAGUACCAGCAAGUCCAAUCAUAAGGCUUUUUAGAAAACUUUCCACAAGAAGACAGAGAGAUACAAAACCAGCGGAAGCAGGCUUGAUUCAGCCUGGUGAAAAUGUUGGUGAAAAUGUUGGUGAAAAUGUUGAAUCCACCGCAGACGUAGUACAGGUGCAGAAGGAGGAAGAAGAAGCAAAGAUUGAGGAACCAAAGCCAGCUGAUGCAGAUGAGAUCACAGAUCUUAGCCCCGAGGAAUCAAAAAAGAAGUCAGAUUCAACUGUUUCCUGGGAAUCUUUGAUAUGUCUGAAAAGGGUCAGAAAAACAUCCGACUCUGAAGAUGCAAUGCAAGACAAAGGUGAAGAACCCGGAAAAUCAACUGAAUCACCAAUUGAAAGCUCCACUGAAGGUGAUUAUGACCAUCUUACAUCCUCUAAUGAACAAGCUGGGGAAGAAAGUGGAUCUACAUGGAAAUCUCUUAAAAAAUUAGUUACACCCAAAAGGAAAUCCAGAAUGGAAGAAAGUGGUUCAUCUGAGCAGAUACCUUCAGACACUGAGAUUGCCAAAGAUGAAUCAUCUUGUUCCAUAAAGAAACUAAUCCCAGGGCGUAAAAAGAGAAGAUCUGAUGUUCAGCAAGAACAGUUAGCGUCUGAAGAUACAGGUAAAGACACAGGAGCAGAUGAUGAAGAUGAUGAAACACCAGCGAUUGUUCCAUUAUCUGAAUUUGAAAUAAUUGAACCAGAAAGUUUGAAAGAAAUAAAAGAUGGAACACAGCUCGAGAAAGAAAUCCAACCCUUGAUUGAAGAAGACAAACCCAAAGUAACAAAACCUUCAGUGAUAACAUCACAUGAUGUGCGGCCUUCUGUUUUGCCCAUGCCUUCAGAUUACAUUGAGGAUUUGACAGAAUUUAUAAGCAAACAUCAGCAACUGAGUGACAUUCCAGAGGAAGGAAUUAUUGAGGAAAGUGUUGCAACUCCUGAGUCUUCUGCUGAAUGGACAACUCAAGAUGACACCUUAGCUGAGGACUUUGUAGAGCUGACAGCUGAUGCAGUCACUGCCCCUGAGCCUGCAUCUGAGCAAGGAGAUGAAACUACGGAGAUGGUAUCAGCUGUCUCCCAGCUAACAGAAUCUCCUAAAACAUCCGGAAAUGUAACGCCAGUACCAGCUGAGUAUGAUCUUAGAGAAGCAGAUGUAAUCAUUCAGGAAGCUGUUGAAACCAGUUGCAUGACUCCAAGUGUUAUGUCAAUCACUACUAAAGACACAGACCCAGAGGCUCUGGCAGUGUCAGUCUCUCCAUGCAUUUUAGAGUCAACCAUAAAAGCUGAAACUAAAGUUUUAGUUGCUCAUGAGAAAGCAGAAGCCACAACCAUCUGUAUCGGCCUUGUUUCUCAAGAAAUCGGAGCACUCGAAGAAGUUAUUCCUGCGCCCUUAGUCGAAGGACUAUCUGAGAUCAACGAAGCUGUACCCACAGAACUCGUUUCUGAAGACAUCCCUGAAGGAUCAGAGUUAGCUGGAUUUGCAACAGAUGAUGUAUAUGAAGUUGAAGUCAAAGACAUAAAAACUGAGAUGCAUGAAGCCCUUUCCCCUGAUGUCUCUCAGACACAGAGUGAAGUUCAUCUAAAGGUACAAGAGAAUGAAGUAAAAGAACAACAAAAAGAUGUAAUAAAUGGCCAUCAGGAACCUGCACCAGUUCAGAUGGCAGUUAUCAGUGUAGUACAGGAUGAAACUCUUCUUGAGGAGCAGGCUAUUACAAAGAGUACAACUGAUGUUCCUGAGAUUGUGGGUCCAUUGGAGAUGGCUUCAGAAGAACCUGCGCAUGAAAAGCAAGCCUGCUACACUGAAAUAAGUGUUGAGGGUGAAAAAGAGGACAAACUUCCAGAUGUUAAAUUAUCAGCUACAGAUAUUGAACAUGUUGCUCCAGCGGAGGUAGUUGAGUCAGUUGAACAAAAUGUCAUUGUCUCAUUGACUGACAGUACCAUAGAUGAAGCCUCAGAAAUCACAGAGGAUAUUGUUCAAGUCAGUCUUGCUGAGGUUGUUGAAACUGCAACACAUAAUGCUGUAGUCUCAGUGCCAGAGACUGCAAUAGAUGAAGCCACACAAAUUACAGAGGCAAAAGUUGGAGUUGGAGUAGAAUGUCCAGAAACCACAGAGGCAAUCAGCUUAGUUAGCCCAGUCUCAGAUUCUAUCAAGGCAGAGGCAGUGAUAGAGUUAGAAGAAGAGCUUCAAAUGGAAAAUGUUGCUUCAAUACAUUAUGGAGAUGGUCAUAAAAUUCAAGUAGAAGUGAAAGAUGUUGAGUUAGGAACAGCAAAGGCAAAUACUGAUACAGUUCUUGAUGCUGCCACUGCAGUGGAUAAGGCAGAUAUAUAUGAAAAAGUAGAAGAAAUCAGAGACGAUGGAGCAGCACAUCAGAUCGAACCUACAACCGCAGGAGAGAGUUCUGAACAUUUUGCUAAGGAGACUGUUCCCAACAUCAAAAUGGAAAUUUCAGCUGAACCCCCAUGUAAGGAAAAUGAACUGAAUAUAGCAGUCAAAGAAGUUUCUCCUUUAGCAGUUGCCUCUGAUGAAACUGAACAACCGCAAGCUGCAUCAGAGAUUACCACAACAGAAUGCGUAGAUAAUAACCUAACUUCUGUUGAAGAUCACAAACCAAAACAAAGCACAGGUGAAGAAGUAGGCAUAGUGACCCUUAAUGAAACUGAAAAAAAAUUAGAAAUGGCACAAGUACCCGUUAUCUCGGGCCAAACGCCUCACCAACAGGAAUCUGCAGUAGAGUGUCAACCAUUAACGAUUGACAAACCUGAAGAAAUGAAACCAGAAAAUCAAAAGGUUGAAUUCGGUGCAGAUGCACAUCAAACAGAGACUGCUCCAGAGUCUGAAAAAGAGGAAUCAGCAAACACAGAGAAGGAAACAACAUUUACAGAAUCUGAAGUUGUGAUUUCUUGCACAGAACCUCAAGAAAUUUUAGAACCAGUGGCAGUGUCUGUAAAAGCUGUGCAUAAAAUUGACCAAGCACAACAACCACAAGCUGAUUCCGUUCCCUCAAAACCAGACGAGAAUCAAGGAACAGAAUCAAUUCUCCAACUUCAUGAGGAAGAUAAGCAAGUAGCUGGAGAUACUGUGAAAGUGACUGAACCCAUUUCAGGGGCAGCUCCCGUAUAUGCUGAAGAAACAAAACAAACUGAAGUAAUUUUGUCAGCAAAAGAGGGGUCAAAUGAAACUGAACAAAUAUGUGAUGAAGAGAAAAGUUCUACAGUUAAACGGGAAGGAGGGGAAUUGAAAAUCCCAUCGCAAACAGUGGCAUCAGUGCAGCAUUUAGAAGAAACUUUAAAUAAAGACAGAGUAACAGUGACUGCAAUUGAGGCAAAAAACUUUGAACCCCCAUUAGUAGUUCACCAGGAACCAGAUGCUUCGGCCACAUCUGCUAUUCACGUAAAUGAGAACGCAAAACCUCAGCAGGAAGCUGCUGAAGUUGUCAGUAAACUGAAUGCUGAAAUCAGCACAGGUUCUGAGCAGCACACAGAUGCAGCAGACACUAAAAUGGAACUAAAAGAGAAAACAACCACAACCAUCUCUGAACCGGAGAAAGUAGAGUUAACUGAGCAGGUAACUGACCCACUAAAGGUCACUGAAAGCAAAUCUGAAACACUAACAGUCCAACAGGUUGAAGUGCAAGCACAAGUACUUAAUGAACAUAAAGCAGCAGCACUAGAGGUGACGGAGCCAGAGGUAGAAACACAUGGAGUAACAGAGGUUAAAAUGGAAACAGCUGUAGUAUCAGAAAAUGAAGUAGAAAAACCAGUGGUGACAUCAGUGGUAACAGAGCUUGAAGUAGAAACACCAGUUGUGACAUCAGUGCUAAGAGAUCUUAAAGCAGAAACACCAGUAGUGACAUCAACAGUAACAGAUCUUAAAGCAGAAUCACAAGUAGUGACAUCGGCAGUAACAGAUCUUAAAGCAGAAACACCAGUAGUGACAUCGGCAGUAACAAAUCUUAAAGCAGAAACACCAGUAGUGACAUCGGCAGUGACAGAUCUUAAAGCAGACACACCAGUAGUGACAUCGGCAGUGACAGAUCUUAAAGCAGAAACACCAGUAGUGACAUCGGCAGUGACAGAUCUUAAAGCAGAAACACCAGUAGUGACAUCGGCAGUGACAGAUCUUAAAGCAGAAACACCAGUAGUGACAUCGGCAGUGACAGAUCUUAAAGCAGAAACACCAGUAGUGACAUCGGCAGUGACGGAUCUUAAAGCAGAAACACCAGUAGUGACAUCGGCAGUAACAUAUCUUAAAGCAGACACACCAGAAGUGACAUCGGCAGUAACAGAUCUUAAAGCAGAAACACCAGUAGUGACAUCGGCAGUAACAGAUCUUAAAGCAGAAACACCAGUAGUGACAUCAGCAGUAACAGCUCUUAAAGCAGAACCACCAGUAACAGAUCUUAAAGCAGAAACACCAGUAGUGACAUCAGCAGUAACAGCUCUUAAAGCAGAAACACAAGUAGUGACAUCGGCAGUAACAGAUCUUAAAGCAGAAACACCAGUAGUGACAUCGGCAGUAACAGAUCUCAAAGCAGAACCACCAGUAACAGAUCUUAAAGCAGAAACACCAGUAGUGACAUCGGCAGUAACAGAUCUUAAGGCAGAAACACCAGUAGUGACAUCAGCCCUAACAAAGCCUGAAGCUGCCAAAUCAGAAGUGAUAUCAGUGGUAACCGUUCCUGAAGUAGCCAAAACAGUAGUGACCUCUGUGGGAGCAAUGCCUGAAGCAGACAUAACAGGAAUGACAUCAGCAGUGACAGAGCCUGAAGCAAACAAAAUAGUAGUGACUUCCGCUGUAACCAUGCCUGAAGCAGACAAAACAGUAGUAACGUCAGUGGUAACUGUGCCUCAAGCAGACGAAACAGUAGUGACUUCCGCUGUAACCAUGCCUGAAGCAGACAAAACAGUAGUGAAAUCAGUGGUAACAGAGCCUGAAGCAGAUAAAACAGUAGUGACGUCCACUGUAACCAUGCCUGAAGCAGACAAAACAGUAGUGACAUCAGUGGUAAAAGAGCCUGAAGCAGACAAGACAGUAGUAAAAUCAGUGGUAACAGUGCCUGAAGCAGAUAAAACAGUAGUGACGUCCACUGUAACCAUGCCUGAAGCAGACAAGACAGUAGUGAAAUCAGUGGUAACAGAGCCUGAAGCAGACAAAACAGUAGUGACAUCAGUGGUAACAGAGCCUGAAGCAGACAAGACAAAAGUGGCAUCAGUGGUGACAGAUCUUCAAAUACAAACACCAGAUGAGAGGACAGUACCAGUUUUGGAAGAAAUUCCAAAACUAGGAGAGACACCCACAGUGGUCCCAGAAAUGCAAACAGCAGUGUUACCAGGGGUCCAAACACCAGUGUCAAAAGACACAGAUAUAGUAGCUGUGAUUAAAGAAAAUGAUGCAAAAGUCAAAACACCAGUGGUUGUUGAGAUAACAGAACCAAUGUUUGAGGUACCUGUGGCAUCAGAGGUUGUCAUACAAACAGCAGUGUCUGAACUGGAAGCAGAACUACCAGAUGUGACAUCAGCACUUAUAACAGAAACUGUGGUGCAGACAUAUGUGGAAAAGAAGCUUGAAAUGCAGAGCACUGUUGUGGCCUCUGUAAAAGACGACACAGUCAAUGAGCCACCUGUGAUAAUAAUGGCAAAAACACCAGAAGUACACCCAGUACUGAAAACAUCUACAGUCAUCUCAACAAUACAAACCCCAGCCACUGGUAAUUUGGAGCAGAAACCUGAAGUGCCAGAGGCAAUGCCAGAAGUAAGCCAAACCAAACCUGAGACUUCAGGUGCAGUUGGUACUAACAUGACAGAGAUUGCAUCACAUAAAUUAACAGAAAUAAAAGUAGAAACUACAGUAGUAACUGAGGUGGAAGUAAAACAAACAGCUGCAGCACCAGUGACAGCAGAGCUUCAAGAGAAAUUCGUGAAAAAAGAAGAGGCACCAGUAAUAACAUCAGUUGUUAAAGAACCAGCAACAGUAGCCUCAGUAAUACAAACUCCAACAUUGGUUGCAACACCAAAAAUUGUUCCAGCAGUUGAAAAGCCAACAGUCGUCCAAGUACCAGCUGUAGUUUCAGGAAUACAGACAAUUGGCAUAGGAGUAAAGGCAGCAGAAGCACAAGCCAUAGCACCAGAAGUAAAAGACAUACACAAGGAGGCAUCAGGUGCAGUUGCGGUUGAAGUUAAACCAUCUCAGUUGGAGGCAGCAAAAGCACCAGUGACAACUGAACAGGUCACACAGAAAGAGGACACAAAAAGUCUUCAAACAGAUGUUCCUGUCUCCCUCGCAAAGACAGCUGAACCCCAAACAGAUGUGGAAGAUGAUGUGUGGGAAGAUGCUGUAGAUGAUAUGAGAGAGGAUGAGAAUUCAGUUACCAAAGCAAGUGCUGAAUAACAAGGGACUACCAAGUCGGACAAGCAAACCUUUCCAAAUGAAUGUAUCGUCUUCAAUCAUUCUCUGGAAACAGCAGCAUUAGCACUACUUUGUGAGGUUAAGCGCAUACGACACUCAACAUCAACAUCUGCACAAGCCAUAGAGGGGCAAAGCAAGACCUGUACAAGUCUGUAAAAUGUUGCAAAGUAUGUGUAAAAGGAUAAAUGGCAAUGCUUGGCUGGAAGAAAAGAUUGUUCUUGAACCAGUCACUGGAUGUAUGUUCAUUUUAAAAGCCUGUAUAAAACACAGGUUCAUUUUACCAAGCUUCUGGUACAGAAUAAUCCAAUGAAACAAGUUAUUUCCUGAAUUUUAUAUUAUAGUAUGAUUGUGUACUAUUAUUUACAUCCCCCUUAAAUUUAUGUUAUGUUAUGUAAGACAGAGCAAUUGUGUUUUAGGAAUAAUUAACUACCGAGGCUGUGUUUAUUACUUCAUAAAUAAAAAAAAUAUUAAUAAAUAUGUAAUUUGAUCAAGAGUGCCCAUGGUGAACUGAACAAAUGCAAUAAAACAUACUUAUGUGACAAACUAAUAUUACCUUUUAAAUUGAUUACACUUAUUUUAAUAAUAAACAUGUUUUCACAGCCAAAACACUACUGAGACUGCCUUGCAUUGUACCAUAGACAAACACACACACAGUCUUAUGCAAGCAUUUUGGCACCCCUGAUUAAAUUACACAUUUGUUAAAUUUCUAAACUGAAAUAAGUAAACAAAUCCUCUACAGAAAACAAACCUAACCAAUGUAUUUCCUGCACAUUUUACAGAAAAUGUAUAUUUAUUUGUUAAAUGUAAAAAUGCAUAACAUUUAUGUGAUUUUCCCAUGUCAAAUUAAGCAAAUAAAGAGUAAAAAAGGUUAUAAGCGUAAGAUUGUACAGGAGUUUGCUGUCUGCAGAGGAUGUGCAUUUAUUUUAAUUUAGAAAAUCAUUAAUUACAUUUGCAAACAAACCUUUGCAAAAGACUGUACACAUAUAUAAAUAUAUUUGUUUGACAUUACUUUAAAACCACAGCCUAAAGUUAUUUCAUAAAUAAUAACACUAUUGCUUCUUAUUGGUUUUAAAUCAAUUUAAAGUGUUUAAAGUUCUAUGUACCUAGAACUAUGACAUACCUCUUGGGAAACAGUUUCUUUGAAACAGCACUGCACGGAAUAGCCAUACCUUGCUUCACAAAGUGUACCCUGCAGAUUAAAUCUUAACUCAAAUGCAUGUUUGCAAAUUCUUUGCGUUUGGAAUGUAUAUGUCUACAGUAGUUUUGUCCUUCCCUUUUUACAUUUUAAAUAUUGGGUAAAUUAAUUUGUACAUGGACUUUCUUUUUUUUUUUGCUUAGACAUCCUCAAAGCUAUGACGAUCUUAAACCUUACAAUAAAUAACCAACUUUCAAAGGUAUUUUGCAUUAAAACAAAAUGUAUAAAGUACAUAGAAAUUCUUUGAUUACUAACGUCUUUCACAUUUUGUUACAUUAGGACAGUUCAUACUGGAACAUUAAAUUAAGCCUGUAGACAUCUUAGAAGCAACUCUUUGCAGCACACAUUAACAUUUAACUACAUAUAAAUAUACUCCUGAACC